CCGUGCCGCUCCCGAUCCUCUGAUCCUUUAUGGCCACUCCGGACCCCACGAUGACGACAACGAGUGCGAGUGAAAUGCUUAAAACCAUCCGCGAAGGUAGCGCCGAAAUCCUUGUGUCCGAUCACGUCUUCUACAACCCGGUGCAGGAGUUUAACCGCGAUCUGAGCAUCUGCGUGUUGACGACGUUCUCGCGCAUUUAUCAGCGGGAAAAGAAGGCACAGCACCAGCGAAGCGGCAUCGACGAAGCGACAAAUGGAACGGAGGAUUUACCCCCGAAAGCCGGCGUUAAACAUGAGAAUGGGCUACGCAUCCUGGAGGCACUUUCAGCGACGGGCUUGCGAAGUAUACGGUACGCAAAAGAGGUUCCCGGUGUUAAGGAAAUCAUCGCCAACGAUCUCUCCAAAUCGGCCGUGGAAUCGAUCGAGAAAAAUGUGAAACAUAACGUGGUGGAGCAGCUCAUCAAGCCCAGUUUUAAUGACGCGAUGACCCUGAUGUACAUGUCGACCAAACCGGACCAACGAUUCACCGCUAUCGAUCUGGAUCCGUACGGCCAUCCGACACGUUUUCUCGAUGGUGCAGUGCAGAGUGUGGAGGACGGUGGUCUGUUGCUCAUCACCGCCACCGAUAUGGCCGUGCUGGCCGGGAAUACACCGGAAGCAUGCUACGUCAAGUACGGUUCGAUACCGCUGAAGACGAAAGCGUGCCACGAGAUGGCUUUGCGGAUAUUGUUGCGAUGCAUCGAAACGACGGCCACACGGUACGGGCGCUAUAUCCAUCCGCUGCUCAGCAUAUCGGCCGAUUUCUACAUCCGGGUGUUCUUGCGCAUCUACACCGGUCAGUACGCGUGCAAGAAGAGCAGCAGCAAGCAAUCGAUGGUGUACCAGUGUACGGGAUGUGAGUCGUUCACUCUGCAACCGCUCGGAGUACUGAAACCGAACCCUACCGAGGCCAAUCCACAGCAGAUCAAAUUUGGCAUCCCGACGGGACCGUUCGUUAGCAGCCGGUGUGAGCACUGCAACCAUCAGCACCAUCUAGGUGGUCCGAUCUGGUCCGCUCCGUUGCAUGAUCCGGAGUUCCUAGAGGAGCUCAAUCGAACGGUGGAGUCGGAAGAAGCGAAACGGUUGAUGACGCUGCGGCGCAUCAGUGGUACACUGGCGGUGGUACGCGAGGAGUUACCGGAUGUACCGUUGUACUAUGCACUCGAUCGGCUUUGUGGUAUCUUGAAGCUGGAGUCGAUUUCGAUGCUUAAGCUACGGUCCGCUCUGCUCCAUGCGGGGUUCAGGGUUUCCUAUUCGCACGCCUGUCGCACUUCAAUCAAAACGGAUGCUCCGAUUGGUGUGCUGUGGGAUAUUCUACGCUGCUGGCACCGGAUACACCCGGUAAAACCGGAUCGUUUCCUCGAAGGUGUCCCAUUGACGACCAUACUGGCGAAACAACCGGCACGUGAUUACAAUCUGGAUGAGUUGCACCCGGAAGCAAACCCACCGAGUCGAAAGGAAUCGCUGACACGUUUCCAGGAGAAUCCGGCUGCCCAUUGGGGCCCGGGAACGAAGGCAAUGCUCAUGGUCAGUGAAAAUAGGAUGCUGAAAUCAACGCAAAAUCAGAACAAACGAAAGCAACGACGGGCGCUACGGAAGGAACAGCAGGAUGGAACAGGGGACCACGAGGAAACUGCUAAGGAUGUCAAGGUUACAAGUCCCGGCACCUCACCAGAACGAAAAAUCCUCAAGAAGGACGAGGCGGAGGGCAAAGCAUUAACGGAAGCAUAACAGUAGGCAAUAAGGAAUGGUAGUAGCAAGUUGUGCGUGAGUCGUUAUGGAAAGUAGCCGUCGCGUGCGGCGGUUACUAUGACCUAGCAUGGAAAUAUCGAUCCAACGUCGCUGGCGAGCCGUGUUGGAAUGUUCCCGAAACAUCGCAGUAGACGAUGCGAAUGUGCGCAUUCAAAUGCUUAUCGGCAUUGGCACUCGGUUGUGCGGAAGAUUUGGAAACGUGGGAGAAAUUUUAUUUUGAAUUUAAAAUAAACCGCUCAAGGAAGUUCGCAAA